AAGUCGGAUUCUAAGUGCCGGUUAAUACCCGAUAUUGCGUAUAAUACGUAUAAGGCUCGCUUUAUGGAGCCACAAUUAGAAGAGGGUUUCGAAGAGGUUAAAAAAAUCGAUUUUGUGUUUGAGGGUAAUGAUGAAGAAAGAGCGCGAUGGGAGAAGUG